AUGCAGCUAGAAAAGCAAUUCGAAGCCGCGAGGAAAAGCGGAGAAGCGCUGGAGAGAGCCAUGAAGGAGGACCCAGGAAAGCAGCGGUGGCAGAGGCCUAUUGAAGAGCUUAUCUCAUUGGAGUUAAUGACGUUUCAUAUUGCCAUUAAUGUUGAUAAUUUCAUCAAUCAAUUUGGUGAGAGUGCUGACGGUGGACAAUAUCUCAGCUGUCACCGCCACCCAUCUGUUGCUGACAGUGCUAGUGAUGUGCAAGAGGAGAUUGAUCUGAUUCGUUUGGUGUCACCAUCUAGAUCUGAUAGUUUUGAAAAGGUUGAUGAUGAUAAGAAACUUGUUCGAGUUCAUCAGUUUAUUUAA